AUCCCCCGGUGCCAAGUCAACCUUAUACCCAGACAGGGAUGCCCCCAUGUCAUUCAUGAGGAGGGGAUCGACCUGCGGGCCCCAGUCGAGCUUACGGGCUUGGUGAGAUUCUCGUCAAAUGAGGCUUCCAGGAAGGGCGGGCUGUAGUGCAAUCGACGCUCCUCAUCAUGGCACACGCACCCCCCUCUGUCCAGGUAUUACAGAACAAUCACAUCCAUGCACCGAGGAUCAUCGGGGAUUUUAUUUCCUUUUUCUGCAUCCCACUUGCAGCAGCGUUGCUCCCCUUUCCAGGGUCCAUAUUUUGAGAAUCCCCUCUCAGUCGGUCGACAACGGCCUCUGUUCGAUCCCAGUGAUCCUCAGCAAACCACUGGGGAAGGGAUCUGUGCGGAUGCUUGCGGGAUCGCCCCAGGGGGGGGGGGGGGGGGGUUUAUCCAGACAGGUUAAUCCCCUCCCAUGCCCCCGGAAAAUCUGUCUCCGUUGUAGAUGGAGGGAUUGGUGGUCAGCUCUAAGUUGUGAUGCAUGGUGUUCCCCAGUGCUGAUUGGUCCAAAGGCUAAGUUACUCAACAUGAACCCCCCACCCUCUACUUCAAACCCAUCACCCAUGCUAAGUGGGUAGGUCAAUGUAUUCUGGAGCACGCUUCGAGUGGCCUGAACCGCUUAUCGCGACAAGUUCAACCGAAGAGCUGCAUCCCACACGUGAGCCCGCAAG